AUGCUCCUGAAGCUGAGUCCUGAGCCCCUUCAAGCGGUCGACCGACAGUAUGUCUGGCUGACGAUGCAGCUGGGUGCGAAACGGCUUCCCCGCCGUCCACGCGUUUGUAAGUACUCCUGCCACCCUUUUUUCUGGCAGACGCCAGGCAAAUAUAAUUUGCAUCCAUUACAGAGUUCUUCUGAGCAGUUGCGAAAUCAGGGAUAAUUAACGCCAAAUUGAGUUGGGAUAAUUUACCAAAUUAGGUCAGUGUACAGGGUGGGUGACACGGUCAAUUCGCUAGCGGAUUAGCAUGCGGAUGAGUCGACGCAGAGGCAUUAGAAAACGAAGAAGACUCAGAGAGAGCAGAAUUUACAGAAACGUUAGCAACUGGUAUUCUCUCUUGACCUUUCCCUUCAUCAUCUGAGCUCAUAAAGCCGUUAAAAUUUAGAGAGGCUCUUUAAAUAUGUUUGCAGGGCGAAAACAUUAACAACACUACAAAGCGUUCGAGUGUGAACUACAAUUUAAAGGCAGUUCAGGAAUUUUACGCUCUUAUAUUUAACUGAAAAUCUUUCCAGCCUUCUGUGUAAAUAGGUUUUCGAGAAAAUAUAGUUACAAGGUUAUAUUUAUCCUUUACGGGUUUGUAAAGUAUUCAACAUUGCAUUGUUCUAAUAAACAACCAUGAAUUAGUGCGUUUUUAAUGGAAACUAUUAAAAUGAGACAAUAUCUUGUCGGCUGAGCGCAAGAAGUAAAAGAUGCACCAACCGUUUUCGAGAAACUCUAUGACAGUUCAAACGUCGAUUCUGACGAUGUUCACAAUGUGCCCCCCGACAGGGGAGGCUUAGGGGCGGUGAUAAGUGUGUGAAUUAGUCCAUAGCGGUGGUAAGCCUACGCCUCAUCUACCGCACUUUCGCCUCCUUCUCCUCCUCCUCCUCCUCCUCCUCUGCCUCCUCCCCUGAGCCCGGGGCCAAAACAGAGCUAGCAAGACAGGAUCGAGCACAGUGGCUGAUAGACUUAAACAGCUCGUCUGCACCCUCCACGCACGCCUGGUCCUCGCACAAGGAGUGGGAGCGCCAUAGAGGCCACCUCAAGAAGGAGCCAUUGCAGCCUGACUUUUCUGCCUGCGAGGAGGACUGA